GUUCGUGAUUCCCCGAAUUUGUCUGAUGUGUACGCGAUCAAACUGUAUUCUCCCUCGGUUCCGCUCGAUUCAGUUCGUAAGUCGCUGGUCGCUGGCGUUGUAGGUUGUCGCAGGUGUGAGGACGUGCCUGCGAUGCCGAGCAACGCGAAGGAAGACUUCGUGGUGGAGCACGAUGGGGAGAAGUACAACAUCGGCAAGUUCCUGCACUUCCACCCGGGAGGCAGGAACACGCUGGCGGCGUUCGAGGGCAGGGACAUCACGCAGAAGCUGCGCCAGUACGAGCACUCCGACUCGGCGCUCUACCUCAUGAAGGAGAGUGAUGAAUCUAGCACGCGUGUGACGGAUAAGGUUUAUUCUCAGAAUUGGGCAUACAGAGUGGGAUGGGAAUUGGAAUAUUCGGAAUUCGGUUUGUCUUCAGACGUGCUUGAUGGAGGCAAGCAACCUGAUUAA